GCCCCAUGAAGCGACACCGGAUCCCCUCCCUCCCCGGAGAGCCCCCCUCCCCCCCUCCCUUCCUAGGUCCGGCCCGGGAGGCGCGGGAGCCAUGAGACGAUGGGCAACAAGCAGACCGUGUUCACGCCGGAGCAGCUGGACGCCUAUCAGGACGCGACCUUCUUCACCAGGAAAGAGAUCCUGAGGGAGGCUUCCCUCAUGUCCCCGCAAGCUAGAGCUGACAGGCGGGAGCUCACCCCAUCUUGUGGAUUCGAACCGGCAACCUUCAGGUUGUUUGACAGGUACCGCGACUUGGCCCCACAGCUGGUCCCACUCGAUUACACCAAGAAGCCGGAGGUGAAGCUCCCCUACGAGCUCAUUGGCAGCAUGCCCGAGCUGAAGGACAAUCCCUUCCGCCAGCGGAUCGCGGAGGUGUUUUCUGAGGACGGCGAGGGCAACAUGACCUUAGACGACUUCCUGGACAUGUUCUCCGUGAUGAGUGAGAUGGCCCCUCGCGACCUCAAGGCCUACUACGCCUUCAAAAUCUACGACUUCAACAACGACGACUACAUUUGCAAACUUGACUUGGAGAAAACCGUGAACAAGCUGACGCGCAAGGAGCUGACCCCGGAGGAGGUGUGCCUGGUGUGUAACAAGGUGAUCGAUGAAGCCGACCUGGACAACGAUGGCAAGCUCUCCCUGGAAGAUUUCCAGCACAUGAUCAUCCGAGCCCCGGACUUCCUCAGCACUUUUCAUAUCAGGAUCUGAGCCUUGCCUGCUCCUGCUGCCUUUCCCUGAGGCCUUCUGGGAGGUGGAUGCUGCUGCUGCUACUCCUUCCCAGUCUGGACCACAAGCUGGGCUGAAUGGGACGCCCAGAGCAAGCCUUCCUUCCCAACCCGGCCCCCCGUGCCCCUCUGUUCCAUGGGAGACCCACCCACCCACCUUCUCCAAGGCCCAUCAGCAGAGCCGGCCCUAGGUAAUUUUCAAGUGUAGGCGAACAAAAUUUUGGCGCCCCCCCCCCCAAACCAAUCACUGAAAAAUAAAAGCGUUGGGUAAGCGAAAAUGUUGGAUAAUAAGGAGGGAUUAAGGAAAAGCCUAUUAAACAUCAAAUUACAUUAAGAUUUUACAAAUUAAGCACCAAAACAUCAUGUUUUACAAGAAAUUGACAGAAAAAGCAGUCUCGACUGCGCCCCCGUAUGUUUUGCGCCCGAAGCGACCGCUUAAUUCGCCUCAUUGUUGGACCGGCCCUGCCCAUCAGAACAUGCUGGGGUAUCUUCUUGCAACACUGUUAGUCAAGGCAAUAAAACUUGAUAGGAUCUAUUUUUCUAA